CCAGCCCAAGGUCUCUCUUCCUCAGUAGGCUUAGAGCAGGACACCCCAGUGGAGGUGGGGAGAAGAGAGAGGGGCCCUGGGGGUGGAGGUCAAGGCCGGCUCGGCCCACUGACUCGCCCCCACCUGAGAAAACCCCCAGGGCCGAAGAGAGUGGCCCAGAGGGUCGCUGGCUCUGGGGAGACCUGAGGGCCCCUCUGCUCGCCCUGCCUCUGGAGAAGGAGUCUGUACCCUGCCCACGGGCAGAGGAAGGGGGAAGCUGGGAGAGAGGAAGACAGCCGCCUGGCUUGAGGUAGGGGGAGAGCAGAGGGCUGCAGAGUUGGCUUCGGGAGAGAUGAAGGAUGCUGGGACCUGGUUCCAGGCCUCCUGAGCUUCCCAAGGCUCAGCGUGUCGGGGGGCCGGUGCCAAGGGUCAGCAGCGGUGCCGACAGCAGGACUCGCCAUCUCUGCCCCACGUCCCGCCAUCCCACCACCAUCAGAACCAUGGGGAAACAGAGCAAGAAAGGGAAGCCAUCGCCUCCGGAGCCCAGGGAGCCCUGAGCGGGAAGUAGGGAGCCACAGACCCCGACGGGGUGCCCUUUAUUCACACCUGCCCAGCAGACUCUAGCUGAGUACCAUGAAGUAACCUCCAGCUCCUGCAGCCAGUCCAGUGAGGAGGACCCGGGACCGUCCCUGGCCUGGAAGAGACAACUGGAAGUAGACGGGCCCUAUGCUGACAUCUCCUCGGGCCCCAUGGACACUGGUCAGCUGAGACCUGCAGGCCAGCCCCAGGCAGAAGGCAGGCAGCCGUCCCCGGUGAGCAGCUCCUGGAAGAGCUCGGCCCCCUGCAAGGGAAGGAGGGACUCCCAGCUGCUGGAGCCUCCCUGCGGGGAGGGGGGCCGAGGAGAGGAGGCCCACCCGGCCAACCCGCUGGACGUCUCUCGCCUGCGGAGCUCCUCCGUGGAGAUCCGGGAGAAGGGCUCCGAGUUCCUCAAGGAAGAGCUGCGCAAGGCUCAGAAGGAGCUGAAACUUAAGGAUGAAGAAUGUGAAAGACUAUCCAAGGUCCGAGAGCAGCUGGAGCAGGAGUUAGAGGAGCUGACGGCCAGCCUGUUUGAGGAAGCACACAAGAUGGUGAGGGAAGCCAACACCAAGCAGGCGGCCUCAGAGAAGCAGCUGAUGGAGGCUCGAGGGAAGAUCGACAUGCUGCAGGCCGAGGUGACGGCCCUGAAGGCCCUGGUGAUCACUUCGACCCCGUCCUCGCCCAACCGCGAGCUGCACCCCCAGCUCCUGAGCCCGUCCAAGGCCGUCUUCCGCAAGGGACACGCCCGCAACAAGAGCUCCGGCGGCCCCCUGUGCCCCGCCGUCUGCCCGGCCACCGGCCACAGCAUCUCCUUUGAGCCCGCCGGCCACGAGUGCAAAGAGCCUGAGGUGCCCACCCUUCUCUCCUUACUCCUCUGUAUCGUCCCCGGGAAAGCCAUCCACAUCACUUACGAGCCUGGCUGGCAGACCUGGGCCCCGGAGGCUCCUUCCUUCUCCUCUUCCUCCUCUUCCUCCUCCUCUUCCUCCUCUUGGCAGGUGGACACCAUCCUGUUUGCCGAGUUCCAGGCCUGGAAGGAGGCGCCCACCCUGGACAAGAGCUGCCCUUUCCUGGAGAGGAUUUACCGAGAAGAUGUGGGGCCCUGCUUAAACUUCACCAAACAAGAGCUUUCAGAACUGGUCCGGGCGGCUGUGGAGGAGAACACGCUGACCAUCGAACCCGUGGCCUCUCAGGCGCUCCCCGUGGUGAAGGUGUCUGCGAUCGAGUGUGGUGGGCCCAAUGGCUUCCGGGCCCAGAUCAUGACGCCGAGGCCCAGCGCAGUGUCGCUUAGCCAGGAGAGACAGACAGAGGCACCCCGGAAGCAGGACAGAUUGGCAGGAGGGAAACGAGGGACUGUGAGACAUGGGAGGAAAGGAGCACAUUCCUGGUGUGCGGAAGAGUCAGGGCAAAGGCAGAGAGGAAGUGCGCUCUCAGCGGCCUGGCUCGGACGUGCCGGCACCGCAUCAGGCUGGGAGAGUCUGAGAACUACUACUACAUCUCGCCGUCCUGCCGGGCCCGGAUCACCGCAGUCUGUAACUUCUUCACCUACAUCCGCUACAUCCAGCAGGGCCUGGUGCGGCAGGACGCGGAUCUAAUCUUCUGGGAGAUCAUGAGGCUCCGGAAGGAGAUGUCUCUCGCCAAGCUGGGCUUCUACCCGCAUGAGGGUUAAUGCCAAGGUUGGGGCCACGGACCCAGGAAACCAGACGGACACACAUUGUGGAGGAGGGCAGCUGGACUGGGGGCUGCUCGGAUUGAGGUAGAAGGACAGGAUGGAUGGGUCUCCGUCCUCUGAUGGGGCUGCCACCAGCCAGGAGACCCUGGAGAAAACCCUGCAGCAGGGUGGGGGGCAGAGGGGCGCAGAACCCUUUGGGCUGGAGCCGAGGCUCCAAGGCCUGGGCUCUGAGUGCGGCCGCUACCGGGCCCUCUGCUGCUUCUGCCACCUGGUGCAGUGAAUUUUCCAAAAGAAGAAAAAAACAAAUCUGACCAUCAAGAA